AUGGCUACAAGAAAAUCUAUGAAAAAGUCAGAAACCAGUAAGAGCGAGCGUGAGUUGGUGGUGAAGCUACAUGAGGAAGGAAAAUCUUAUCAGGAAAUUGCAAAACACAUAAACAGGAGCAAGUCAACUGUACACUAUAUAAUUAAAAAGUCAAAGAACGAGGGGAGUAUCUUGAACAAUGCUCGUACGGGACGACCAAAGAAAUUAACUUCCAAGGAGGAGAAGCUUGUUAUAAAAGAAAUAAGGAAGAACCCAUACAUUUCUGCUCCGCAGCUUGCUGGGAUAAUUGCUGUCAGCUUUGGAAAAGAUGUGCAUGCUGAAUUGUGUCGUAGAAUUUUACGGAACAAUGAUUAUCAUGGAAGAAUACCACGAAAAAAGUCAGAUGUUGACAAGACAAACAUAAAGAAAAGAUUAGGCUUUGCAAGAAACUCUGUUGACAAAGACAAUAGGUUCUGGGAUAAAGUUAUUUCCUCGGAUGAUAAUAAAUUUAAGCUUUUUGGUGCUGAUGGACCAAUGGAGCAUCAUAUAUGGAGAAAGAAAAAUGCCCAAUUAGAGAAAUAA